UAGGUUGCAAAGAUAUAGGGAUUAGAAAAUCAGAGUUUGUGGUGAGAACUCAGUUCCUUUGAGACUUUUCUCAACACAGAGGUUCAGCUAAAAACUUCAAAAUGCUUUCAAUUAUUUAAUAUGAGAAAUUAUAUCACAUAUAUGUUAAGAAUGGAGAGUAGUAUAUUAGUACUAGUUGGAUAUUAUGAAACUUCUCUACACACUCUCCUGGUUACAGAAUAUCUAGAGGGUGGAGAGCUUUUUAACAAGAUCACAGAUUCUUCCUAUUGCCUGACAGAGAGAAAAUGUCGAGGAUUUAUUAAACAGAUAAUUCAAGGACUCAACUAUAUUCAUCAGCAUGGUAUCAUUCAUCUAGACAUCAAACCACAGAACAUCAUGCUGACUCAUCCAAACAGGGAUGAUAUCAAGCUCAUUGACUUUGGGUUGGCCAAGCUCAUGAAGGAUGGCAAGAUAUUUGCAAGUUUUACUGGAACUAUUGGAUUCAUGGCACCAGAAGUACUCAAUUGUUCCCAGGCUGGCCCAGGUACAGAUUUCUUCAGCUUGGGAGUUGUAGCAUACAUGCUUCUAUCUGGAGGAUACGAACCCUUCUGGUUAAACAACGACGAAAAAACUAUAAAAAGAACUUUACACAUGGAAAUCAAAUAUCUUCAGAUGCUCUCACCCUCAGCAAAUAGUUUUCUCUCUGGUCUGCUAGCAAAACAAUUAACGGAGCGGUUACAAGGGUUACCUUGUCUUUCUCAUCCUUGGGUUCAAGGGAUACAGGAGGAACAAGAUUCAUCAAUGGAGAAGAUUGUGAACACAAUGCAUAUUAAAUCCUACAUGGCACGGACAAGAUGGGGCAAAGCUAUACGAGCAGUAAGGUUUGCAGUGAGAAUGAAAGCAGUUGUGGUUCCUAACCUACCCGGAGUAUACCCUGUACAAUACCCUGAUUUUAUAUCUACAGAGAUACCAAUAUAUGUAUAGUAAUUUCACAAAUAAAAUAACGUAAAGAAUAAUAAAGAUUUACAAUUUUUUAACAAA